CGAAAUUGCAGAACUCUACGAAAAAACUUGCCAACCACACAUAAUUUUUGCUUCUUUUCCACAUUCAGCAUAUGCUUAGACUAGAUAUUUGUUCUGUCCUCUCUUCCACUUUUGGUUCACAUACAGAGCAUUUUCUUAAUUCAAAGACAUGAUAACAAAUCUCCAAAGAAGUGAGAAGGGGAGAAGCCUCAUCUGUCACCAUGACAAGCACAAUCGGUUCAAAACUAGGCGGUUCGGGAAAGAGAAUUAGACUUUGUGAGCAAGAAAUGGCUCCGGAAAUGGCACCAGUUUAUGAAAUUCAAAGUGUACAAAGAGGAAGAAGGCAAGUGAAAGAGCCAGGAAGAAAUUAUGUUAAGAGAUUGGACAUUGGCAGUGUGGUGAGAAGUCCUCAAGCUGUAGCAUCUGAGGUUUCGGUUUCCACCACAGGGAAAGAGGCUCCAACUCUCCUCACGCAUCAUGAAAAGAUGCUAGCAAAUUAUGUGCCACUCUAUGUCAUGCUCCCUUUGGAAGUUAUUACAGUUGACAAUGUUUUGGAAAACAAAGAUGGGCUGAAGAAGAAGCUCAAGGAGCUGAGAGCAGCAGGGGUUGAUGGGGUCAUGGUGGAUGUGUGGUGGGGAAUUGUGGAAUCCAAGGGUCCAAAACAGUAUGAUUGGACUGCCUAUAGAAGCUUGUUCCAACUUGUUCAAGAGUGUGGACAUAGACUACAAGCUAUAAUGUCAUUUCACCAAUGUGGUGGCAAUGUAGGAGAUGCUGUGAACAUUCCAAUUCCUUCGUGGGUACUUGAGAUCGGAGAAUCUGACCCAGAUAUUUUUUACACUAAUCGAAGUGGUGACAGGAACAAGGAGUACCUCACCAUGGGUGUGGACAAUUUGCCUUUCUUUGCAGGCCGAACUGCUGUUGAGAUCUACAGUGACUACAUGAAGAGCUUCAGAGAGAACAUGUCAGACUUCCUAGAAGCUGGACUCAUAAUUGACAUUGAAGUAGGGCUCGGACCUGCAGGGGAACUCAGAUACCCCUCCUACCCACAAAAUCAAGGGUGGGUUUUUCCCGGCAUUGGAGAAUUUCAGUGCUAUGACAAAUAUCUUAAAGCAGAAUUCAAGGAGGCUGCAACAAAUGCUGGGCAUCCUGAAUGGAACGUGCCACACAAUGCAGGAGAAUAUAACGACACACCUGAAUCAACAGAGUUCUUUAAACCAAACGGGACAUACAUUACUGAAGAAGGGAAGUUCUUCUUGACUUGGUAUUCUGACAAGCUACUGAGCCAUGGUGAUCAAAUCCUUGAUGAAGCCAAUAAAGCUUUCCUCGGCUGUAAAGUCAAGUUAGCUGCUAAAGUGUCGGGAAUCCAUUGGUGGUAUAAAGACGACAGUCAUGCUGCAGAGCUGACUUCAGGAUUCUACAACUUGAAUGAUAGAGAUGGUUAUCGACCCAUAGCAAGGAUGAUUUCUAGGCAUUAUGCAAUUUUGAAUUUCACGUGCCUUGAGAUGAGGGACUCUGAGCAAAGCGCUGAUGCUAAACGUGGGACCUCAAAACUUGCUCAGCAGGUAAAUCAGAAAGGAAAAAAUUUAUACAUAUAUAUAUAUUGUGAAAAUAGGAUAUAUAAAAUUUAUCUAUAUACAUAUACGACACAUAUAAAACAAUUGAGUGUACAGGUCUUGAGUGGAGGAUGGAGAGAGAACAUUGAAGUUGCGGGUGAAAAUGCACUUCCAAGAUAUGAUCGCACAGCUUAUAAUCAAAUUCUUCUGAACGCUAGGCCAAAUGGUGUUAACAGAGAUGGCAAUCCAAAUUUGAGAAUGUAUGCGGUGACAUAUCUUCGUUUAUCAGAUAAUCUAUUGGACUGGAAGAAUUUUAAGAUAUUCAAGACUUUCGUGAAGAAAAUGCACGCUGAUCAGGAUUUCUGUGAAGAUCCAAGAAAGUACAACAAUCAUGUAGGUCCAUUGGAGCGGUCAAAACCAAGAAUUCCAAUUGAGGACCUUUUGGAAGCAACUGAGCCAAUGGAGCCAUACCCAUUUGACAAAGAAACAGACAUGAGUGUUGGUGGUGCACUUGCUGAUUUGUUGGAUAAUUUGAUUGCUAAGAUCACCUCUAUAUUUAAGUAAGAUUUGGGAUUGAGGCUCAAAUGCAAGUUCUUGUCUUGUGUAUUUCCUAUUUGUAAUUCAAGUUUCUUCAAGGUUGUCAGUGAUGGUGUAUGCUGCGACUUUUAUAUUGGAAUUUCAAAUACAGAAUGUUGCCAAGUAAUCAAACUGCAUGAAUCAAUGUAUUUCAA